AUGCCGACACCUACAGCGCGUGAUCUCUCCGGCAAGGCGCCGCUGUUUGUCUACCUCCAAGGUGGAGACCGGGAGCAUUUGCCAGCAGGAGAUUACAUUCGUGUGGUGGCACAUUGCAGUGGUGCAAACAAGAAGCUGCUCCACCACAAUUUCGCACUACACACCCGCGGCGCACGGCUCUGUCGCCUGCUCGACUCCCUGCUAGACUCUGCUGAUGUGGACUUGAAGCAUAAGAUAGACCCGGUGCAGGGGCUCAUUCCCCCUGUAGUACUGCCACACGCAACACGAGAGGGUUGCGAAUGUGUGUUUCGCUACCUGGAACUCAUCCAGACGCGUGUACCGACCCUCCUCAGCAAACCACUGCGUGCACCGCUGGAGGAGUUGGUAUACGAAUGGGAGAUGAACUACCUUCUGGAACACUGCUUCCUUUCAGGUGUAGCGGAUGAAAAGAAGUCGGCGGCGUUGUGCCGUACGCUAGCGAAGAAAGGGCCGCAGGCAAUGGAUCUCGUCUUGGAAGUCGCCAUGCUCGCGGACUUUCUUCUCAUUGAGCCGCUGCGUGACUUGACCUGCGCCCUGCUCGCGUCUCUCGCCCUCAGCGCCGGAUCAGAGAAGGAACUGCUGCAGCUUUGUGGACUCGAUCACGCCUUGACAGAGGAGGAGCUUGAGCCGCUGUACAAGCAGCUUUGCUUUCUACGCCCCGAAGAUGGGCUUGCGUAG